GAACUUACGGCCAAACGUAAAGAGAUUCAGGAGCUUUCAAAAACAGUGGAGCGCCUUCAGAAGGAAAGGAUGUUCAUGCUCUCCAGAAAACCUCAUUUAAGCAGUGUUGGUGCUAGAGGCAAAUACCUAGGAGCCUCUAAAGCAGAUGCCUUACCUUCCUCUAAAGGAAGUACCCUAGAGACAGAAAGUUUUCCUGCAAUGCAGGAUGAGAAGCUGUACCAGCCAGACACAUUUGCUGAUUUUCAUAUUUGUGAUCUGCAACAAGAUAAUGAAAGAUUACAAGGUGAAGUCUGCAAAUUGUCUCAGGAGAUCAACCAGCAAAGGGUCAACUAUGAAGCUACUGUGGCACAAGGGGAAGAUGCCAUGAAAAGAUUAAAAGAGGAGAAUGUGGAACAAAUAGCAGCACUUAAGAACUUACAUCAUACUGAUACAGAAAAGCUCAUCUGUCAGCAUGCCUUAGAACAUUCAUCGUCUAGAGUUGCUGAGCUAAGUAGCAAACUCUCAACACAAGAGAUCCUGAUAAAGCAUCUUCAAAAACAAGUUAGUGAGCUUCUGAAGGAUAGAGAAUCUUUGGCUGUAUUUCGUAUUCGUGAGGAAACACUGCAAAAUGAGGUCACAAAACUUCUGGAUGAGCUAAAAGCAGCAAGAGAAUGUCAUACUCCAGAAAUGAGGCACUAUUUAACGCUUGAUAGCAAGAUUAAGUACAUGGAAAUGAGGCAUUCACAAAGAGAGCAGGAGCUCCAGCAGGUAAUACAGCAAACCAGACAAGCUGCAGAAAAUGUACAAACCAAAGAAACAGACAAGUGGAAGAAACUUGUACAUCAGAAGAAUAUGGAGUUAGAGAAGUUCAGAUCAGAGUUAGAUGCAAUAUUGGAUGUCCUCCGUGUAUUACAGAGGCAGGGAAUUGUUAUCCCCACAACAGCAUCUGAAGGUUAUUAG